GGCCACUCGCUUUCGUCUCGUCUUUCGAUCGAGUGUGCUGCCUCUCGGCGCAGGAUCUUGUACCGCACCCACUGCUCGCCAUCGUCGGAAUCGAAGAAGAAGAACAGGAAGAGAGCAGAGAUGAGCUGCUGCGGAGCGGUCGCGAAUGAAUCGAAGGUGGAGACUAUAUCCAGGCUGGCGCAAUGGAGGAUCGAGACCUUGGGACCCUGCUCCUACCGCCGCUCCGAUGCUUUCAAGGUCGGGAUCUGGAAAUGGCACUUGUCCGUCGAGAAGAAUCGUUACAUGUACAUCCGGCUUUUCCCCGAGCCUGCUCGAAUCUCUAAGGAGCAGCCACCCUUCGCAAAGUUCGUGAUUCGUGUCACCAGCUCUGGUCCCGUGCGCCGCCGCUUUGUCUCCCCUGUCUAUGAGAAGCUGAUCCGGACCAAUGAAGACUUUGUUUGGCCUAUAGAUUCGACUUUCAAUGGGCGUUUUACAAUUGAUGUAGAAUUUCUCGAUUUAAAGAUAUCUGCCUUGGACGGUGCUGAAGGUUCUUCAAUAUGGCCGAAUGAGGGCUCGCUCCUGCCCCUUUCAAGCAAAAGUACCUUACGAUGCGUCUCUCGUAUGCUUCAGGAGGGCAUUCAUGCCGAUGUUACAAUCAAAACCUUGGAUGGUGCCCUGAAGGCCCACAAGUCUGUCCUCGCUUCAAGCUCACCCGUUUUCGAGAGCAUGUUUCUGCAUGAUCUCAAGGAGAAAGAGUCAUCUACGAUAAAGAUCGAGGACAUGUCGAUGGAUUCAUGCUCAGCUCUUCUGGCGUACAUGUACGGGACUAUCAAGCAGGAAGAUUUCUGGAAGCAUCGCCUUUCGUUGCUGGCUGCCGCGAACAAGUAUGACAUCGCGGACCUCAAGAACUGCUGCGAGGAGAGCCUCCUGGAAGACAUCAGCUCUAGCAACAUCCUCGAGAGGCUUCACGAGGCGUGGCUCUACCAGCUGAACAAACUGAAGAAGGCCUGCUUGUCUUACCUGUUUGAUUUCGGAAAGAUAUACGAUGUGAGGGACGACAUGAACAACUUUUUUUGCCAUGCUGAUCGAGAACUGCUGCUCGAACUGUUUCAAGAAGUUCUUACAGUUUGGAAGCCUUGAUUAUCGCCGCGGCACAUUUUCGAUUGUGGCCAUCCUUGACAAACUAAGAUGUAUGAGUUGCUUACUUUUGAACUUGUAUUUGGUCUCCUACGAUCUUAUAUAUGCCUAAGGGGUUGGUGCUUGUAUACCAAGGUUAUACUAGUCGGGCGCUUAGGUGGGGAUUAAGUGUUACUAUGCAAAUUUCAUAAUGUCAAUAUAAAUUACAUAAUAAAUCAUAUUUUAUAAUUCUAA